AUGGCUCUCAGCUCAGGCAGUUGGGCUCCUCCAGCCCCGGUGGCUGCCUCAUCCCAACAACAGGCGACCUGCAGCGGGCCUUUAUCGACCGCAUGCUGCAGCACUGUCCUGAUGUCAGUCCGCGUUUCGGUGUCCCACUCCGGGAUCCGACCUCUGUGCCUCCCCGGAGCAGGCAGCGAGGCUCUGCGCCUGCAGCUCAGCAUGGACCCGAGCCGGGCCGGAGAGUUCCGACUGGCGCUGAGAGAUACAAGUGGAAACCGCAGUGUGUAUCUGUCAUCUGAGCUUCUCUGGCUCUGUGCUCACCUGGCGGUCCCCCCACCUGCGGCUCUCCUCUUGUUCCCGGACAUCGCUCUCAAACCCUGUAGCAAAUAUGUCCAUCGUGGGUCCCGGCGCAACUUUAUCCAUGAUGACACCCACUCAUUCAUUGCGGAGUUUGACUUGCGCUCUGUGCAGUACGAGGUUAAAUCCUCCCGCUGCCAUGAGAUGCGUCUCGCUGCUCCGCCUCAUGACUGCAUUCGCUUCAACUUCCGCUGUGACCGAGAGGCAGAGGAGUGGGCCACUGUGGUGAUGUCAUCCCUGACAGAGGCACACAGAGUUGCGAAUAUCAACCUGUGUGAAUCAGACGGCAAACAGAGCAGCACAGCAGCAACGGAGCAGUGGAGCUCAGCAUCUCUGCCGCUCUGUGAGGAGCUGUGUCUGGAGCUUGCCAGGGCGAUUGAAGCGGGAGAUGCUCCUUCGGCUUCCCAGCACGCUUCUGCUCUGGCUCGGCAGAAAGCCGUGCUGACGAUACAACCGUCCCAAAAAAACUACGCCGACGGAGAAAUCAAUCUGUCUGUGGUGGUCGAGGAUGCUUCGUCUUCCUGUUGUGUCACAGUGAAAGUUUUCCCCUACAUGACUGUGGCUGAGCUCAAAGAACAGGUCUUCCUGGAGUACGGUUUUCAUCCUCGCGUGCAGCGCUGGGUGAUCGGUCAGUGUCUGUGCACAGAGCCCAGAUCGUUAGCCUCGUACGGAGUGCAGAAGGAUGGAGAUACGGCUUACCUUUACCUGAUUUCUGCCCGUCAAGCCUGCAUCACACGCCAGCUGUUCCAGCAAGACCUGGAGAGCGCUCUGCUUGUAACGCCUCUACCCCCAGGCAAUGGCUCCUCCUCCCAGGACUGGAGGGGGUACAGCACCCUGCCCUCCAGACUCUCCCAUGACAACCAGGGUGCAGGAGGCGGGAAUAACAUCAAAGAUGCGCUUGAUAUUGAGAAGCUUCAGUUAAACGAUCACACCAACAAAGCCAGUAAAACACAGACAGAGUGGGCGUGUCCUUCGUGCACUUUCAUCAACAAGCCAUCUCGUCCCGGCUGCGAGAUCUGUGCCACCGCUAGACCUGACACACACAGCUGUAACCAGCAGGAAAAAGGAAGGAGAGAGGAUUGCAGAGAGUCUGGUUUGAGCAGCAGCUGACUGCCCAUCAUCGCUGUGUGGAUUUUAUUUCUCGCUAACUCACACACAUGCAUACACACACAGACAGUGAAACAUACAUGCUAACAAAAUACUCAUGCAGACAGUGGAGUGCACGGAUACUCGUUUGCACGCCAGAGCAUUGGAGGAAGCACGUGGAGUGAAGCUGCACCCGUCGAGGUUCAGAUGAUGAACUGCUGACAGAGAGUUAUUUCCUGUUUAUAUAUGGACAACAUGACCAUGACGUGCAUCUCAUUUGGCCAGACCACUUUUUUAUUUAUUUUAAAGGGUGUGUGUGUGUGUGGUGCAAAAAACAAACUGUUUGCUUUUUAUUUUAGGAGAGAAAAGACGAUGCCAUUGUUUUUUUUUUUUCGCACCAAAUUGGAGCAGAAAUGGUGUCUGUGGCAUCUGCUGAAUGUGAAGUGAGGAGAAAGGUGAAGCCUUGUGCAAUACCCUGUUCUGUUUGUCUCUCGUCUACGUUGUUGGUGCCAAAAUAUCACAAAUGUAAAGUCAGGAAAAAAAAAACAGCAGAAUGAAAAGAGGAAGAAUUGUUUACAGGGUUGUCAAGUGCUUUUAUUAGUUUUUUUAAAUAUUGUAUUUAGUGUAUUAUUUUACCAAAAUGCAUCAAGUAUUUAAUGUAUAUUUCAGCCGGUGGUCUAACUGUACUUGAGUCCGUCUGAAGCUGUGAGAGCUGAAGAAAGAUGUUUUCAGUACAUAACCUAAUUAUAAUGGAAGGAACCUCUGUCUGCACGUCUGUUUGUUGCCUUUUUUCUUACAACUCCUGCAAUCACUUUUGUUCCUGGUUUCAUACGAGUAAAUACUUUUGUCUCACAGAGCUUUUUGAAAUGAUAAGCCAGAUUUUAGUUUCAUAGACUGUGCAAAGGAAAAAAAGGUGCAAAAUUAAAAUGCUUUAAAAUGGUUUUUAUG